GACACUCUCCGUCUAUAAAUAUUCGAGUACACGUCUUUGAAUUAGCCACACAAAUGGGAAUCCUUUCUUACGCCACUGCUCUGGGUGUUGAUGACAAUUGCUAGGUGUGGGGUUGUAGAAAGAUUGUCUGAGCUCAGUUGUUUGGCAAGGAAACAGUGAACAAAUAUACCUCAACUUGGAAGGUAAUAGACAGAACAUACAUCGAGCAAAGUGAAAGAUCUGUUCAAUAGAACCCAUUUCGAGGGAUUUAGCAAUGAAUGGUGGUAUGUACUCGUCGACUGUAAAACUCAAUGUUGGCGGCCAUUACUUCACAACAAGUCUUCAAACACUGACCAAAGAUCCAGACUCAAUGCUUGCCGCCAUGUUUUCGGGAAAGUUUGAAAUGAGACCUUCUGAGGACGGCGCCUUCUUUAUCGACCGGGAUGGAACUCACUUUCGAUUUAUACUCAAUUACCUACGAACUGGGAAAUUGACUUUACCGGAUGAAGAAAAAAUUCUGAGGGAAAUCGAAGAAGAGGCUGAUUUCUACCAGAUAACAGGAAUUAUUAACGAGUUAAAAGAGCCAAGUUUUUUUGGAUCUUCACUUCAAGCAAACAAAUCUCCUGAACCAUUUCAGGAAUCCAAGAUUUUAACUUCUAUUGAGCAUUGCCGGGUGCUUCAAUCCUGGUUGCCUUCUUCGCGUAGGACCUGGGUCCUUCUGUACCGAGCUUCUCGCGAUGGCUCUUCGGCCGAAAGCUUUCAUUCCAAAUGUGACAACAAAGGACCCACUGUCACCAUUGUAAACAGCGUGAACAAUAUUUUCGGUGGAUUCACAGACAUGCCAUGGAUGAGUGUUACUUUUCUAGGUCGCGUCACGUGGGUCACACAAUCAAAAGCAUUCCUAUUCAGCAUGGUUAAUCCUCAUGGCCUGGGACCUACUAAAAUGCCGAUAAACAAAAUUCAUCUGAAAGGUUUUUACUGUGAUAGCAGCCUGGGACCCAAAUUUGGAGGACAGCGCGACCUGGAAAUCAUAUCAAGGGACGGAGAAGGAAAUAUAUCAGGUUUUAGCCAUCUCGGCCGAUCGUUUGACACUCCUCCAGGCCAGCAGGCGACAUUCCUAACGGGGAAAAAGAAAUUUAAAGUAACAGAUUACGAAGUGUUUGGAUUGCACGAGUGAAGCCGAUAAUGAUCCCUUAGGCCGUUUUUCUUGCAAGCGAAUUGUGAUUAAGUGUCAUGGAAACUUGCACAAAACGCUGGCAAAGAGGAUUGGUACCAGGGACAUUGAACAUAUGUGUCAAGAAGUGCGAGGGACUGAGGCAGAGAACAGGAAAUCUUGCGUAAAAAAGGAUUAAAAUUUCCCAGUAAUUUAAACGUCCGAAAAUCAAUGAACAAAUCACUUGACACUGUUUAUAGUCAUUUUUAACUGAGCGUCAAAGGUAAUCCGAGAUUGCAGUGGUUUUGCUUUACUUCGCUCUGUGAUUGGUCCAAAAAAAUUCGCGCCACUCUCUCAACCAAUAAGAUGAAAAACUAAAACAAAUUGGGAAUUGGUCGCCCGCGUUUUCCCGCGCUUUGGGCGGUUUGCUUGGUUUUAGUUGAGUACUCAUUGGUCCCCUAGGGUAUUUUUCUUUCUUCUGAUUGGUCGUUCUGAUAACUUUGGUUUCGGUUCAAAAACACUCAAUCGAUAAGCGCUCCAUCUAAACUUAAUCAUAACCAUUGCAAUUUCCUGAAAUGGAAUUGGUGCAUAAGCUGCUUUAUUUUUCACUAAUUAUUCUGUACAGUUGUAAUCGCACACUGUAAUCUGACAGUUGGCUGUAAUCGUACUUUAGAAAUUGUCUCUACCAGAGAUAUUUUUCUUCAAUGUAUUAAUUUGUUUUCAUAUAUUUAUAAUUUCUUAUAUUUAACAAGUGGUUCAUACCCCAGCGUGCGUUAAUCGAGAUAUGAAGCACGCGGGAAGUUUGGAAAGCACGAAAGAUGCGUAAGAGUUGUUCGAGGCGUAGCAACUCUCCUUGAGUGCUCUCCAAACUUCCCAAGUGCUUCAUAUCUCGAUGAACGCACAGCUGACGUAUGAACCAAUUGUUUUAUAACAUUUUCAACCCGAUGGAAAUUUUUUUCCUCGAGGGAUUUGUUUGCUGACGCCUUGAGCGUGCACAAUAGGAAUAUGAAGCACGUUCGCGCAAUUGAAUCUGAUUAGACAAAUUUUCUAGCUAUGUUAUAAUUAUAAUUAAUUGGUAACAACACCUCGUGUCGUCAAAUUCUGAUCGUAGUCAUACUCGUGAUUGACUAAUCAGACUCCCACUUGUGAACCUUAAGGCAAUUGUAAGCAAGUUUGUAAGCGAAGAGUGACCCAUAGUAGAUAAUGACAUUAAAUUUAAUACUGUUUUAUU